AUGAGGUUCUCUGCGUGGUCACUCCUUGCAAGCACUGCCCUUGCAGCGCCAACUAUAGACUGGGCCUCACAUCUCCAACAGCAACAACCCCUUGCAGACCAAGAGAGCAGCAAUGGACCCUAUAAUCCCGACCACAAAGAUCAGUUUGAUCACAAAGUUGACUCGUGGGCGGAAAAGCUCCAACCGCUGCCAUGGCGAAACGGCGACGGUGCGACCAUGAUGGGUCCUCGUAACAAGGACCGCGAGAGGCAGAACCCGGACAUGCUCAGACCCCCGAGCACUGAUCAUGGGAGUCUACCUAAUAUGCGAUGGAGCUUUGCAGACUCACACAUUAGAAUUGAGGAAGGAGGAUGGACACGACAAACCACAGUCCGCGAACUAGGGUCAUCAGUCGAGAUCGCUGGCGUCAACAUGCGUCUCGACCACGGCGUCAUCCGAGAACUCCACUGGCACAAACAAGCCGAGUGGGCCUACGUUCUAGAAGGCAGUGUCCGAGUCACGGCUCUCGACACAGAGGGUGGCCAAUUCAUCGACGACCUCCAGAAGGGUGACCUAUGGUACUUCCCGUCUGGACAUCCUCACUCUCUGCAAGGCUUGAGUCCCAACGGAACCGAGUUCUUGCUUGUAUUUGACGAUGGGAACUUUGACGAGGAAUCAACGUUCCUCUUGACCGACUGGCUGAUCCACACCCCCAAGUCCGUACUCGCCGAAAACUUCCGCCUGUCUCCAGAAGUGUUUGAGACGAUUCCCAAAUCGGAGAAAUACAUCUUCCAAGGCUCGCUGCCAGGGCCGAUCGAAGACGAAGAACCACGGGGCGCCAACGUCAAGAAAUCCAAACUACAAUUCACGCACAAGAUGCUCGACCAGGAACCGCUCAAUACGACAGGGGGACUGGUGCGCAUCACCGACUCGACCAACUUCCCCAUCAGCAAGACCAUCGCGGCGGCGCACCUCGACAUCGCGCCCGGGGCGAUGCGCGAGAUGCACUGGCACCCCAACGCGGACGAGUGGUCGUUCUUCAUCAAGGGCCGGGCGCGCGUCACCAUCUUCGCGGCCGACGGCACCGCGCGCACUUUCAACUACGUCGCCGGCGACGUGGGCGUCAUCCCGCGCAACAUGGGUCACUUUAUCGAGAAUCUCAGCGACGACGAGCCGGUCGAGGUGCUCGAGAUCUUCAAGGCCGACAAGUUCCAGGACUUUUCACUGUUUCAGUGGAUGGGCGAGACACCCCGACGCAUGGUGGCAGAUCACAUCUUUGCGGAUGACCCGGAGGGAGCGAAGAAGUUCCUCAAGGCGGUUGAUAAUCCGGUUGAAGAUCCUAUUCGAUCUGUGCCAUGA